GACCGCUUGAAAGACCUGAAUGGCCAAGCCGACAGUCUGAUGACCAGCAGUGCUUUUGACACCUCCCAAGUAAAGGACAAGCGCGACACCAUCAAUGGGCGUUUCCAGAGGAUCAAAAGCAUGGCAGCCGCCCGCCGUGCCAAGCUGAACGAGUCCCAUCGCUUGCAUCAGUUCUUCCGGGACAUGGAUGAUGAAGAGUCCUGGAUCAAGGAGAAGAAGCUGCUAGUUAGCUCCGAGGAUUACGGCAGAGACCUAACUGGAGUGCAGAACCUGAGGAAGAAGCACAAGCGGCUGGAGGCAGAACUGGCAGCCCAUGAACCUGCCAUCCAG